AUGGUAAUGCCUCUGGUGGAUCUGAGGACCAUUUAUGAGCUCCUCUUUCGGGGUGGAGUCAUGGUGGCCAAGAAGGACAAGCGUCCCCAGUGCAUGCACCCAGAGAUCCAGGGGGUGGCCAACCUGAAAGUGAUCAGAGCCAUGGGGUCCCUUAAGUCCAAAGGCUUUGUGCGGGAGACCUUUGCAUGGAAGCAUUCCUACUGGUACCUCACCAACGAGGGCAUUGUGUACCUGCGCGACUACCUGCGUCUGCCACCUGAGAUCAUGCCCUCCUCCCUGCAGCGCAUGCGUCGCACCGCAUCAACCGUUGACGUGAUGCGCCGGUCCGCCCAUGGAGGGGUCCAGACUGUGAAGAGCCCCACCUCCUAUGUCCCCAAACCUAGGGUCAGACAGGAGAGCCAGGAGGGCAUGAUGGACCGCCAGGGCUACCGCCACAAGAGGGUACCCCAUGGCGAGGAGGAGGCCUCAGGUGAGCGGCCCGCCAUGAGGUUCAGGGGCUCCUACCAGGGCUGCGGAGCCGGAGAGGAGCCUGGAGCUGAAACCCAGACCUUCUUCAGAAGAGGCCAAGGUUUCCACAGAGAGGAACAGCGUGUGCCUGACGAGAGGAGAGGCUUUGCUCCACGUGGCCCCGCUUAUCUUCCCCCGGAGGCUAGGGUCGUCAGAUCCCCUGCCCCAGCUAGAGAUGUGAAACCAUUUGUGCCUGUGGUCCCAGUCCCUACUUCUAUUGAGCCAGCCUUCAUCCCUACAGUGAAACUAGCCCCAGCCCCAGAAGUGGAGGAAGUGGUAAAGGAGGUGGCAGUUGAGGCCCCCAUGCCUGUUGAAGAGGCCGAGCCAGAAGAGGAGGAGGUAAUCCCAGAUGUGUGGGAACAGGAGGAGCCAAAGCCAGCUGUGGAGGAGAUAAAGGAAGCGACUGAAGAGGCCCCAGCAAAGCCUGAGGUGGUUGAAGUGGUUGAGGCCAUUAAGGAGGAGGUCCUUGAGACCGCCGCAACUGUUGAAGAGUUGGAAGAAGAGCUCAAACCAUCCGCUGAAGCUGAAGUGUCUGAUGAAGAGUCUGAUGAAGCGUCUGCCGAAGAGGUGGAAGAUGUUGUUGAGAAGUUGACUGCCACUGAGGUGGUGGUUGUUGAGGAAGCUGCUGCCACGGAGGCGGCGCUUGUCAAGGAUGUCCCUGAAGUUCCUGCAGAAGAAUAUGAUGCUGAUAUUAAAAUACUUGAAGAGCCCAAAGAAGUUGUGGAUGAACCAUCCACUCAUGAGAAGCCUGAGGCCUUUUCGUAUGAGGCUUCUUCUGACUCUGAGGCCUCUGAGCCUGGACCUAUCACAGCUGCAGUUGCCGUUGAAGCCGAGAGUGAACCAGUUACAAUCACAGAAACCAUUGAAGCUGAGAGUGAACAAGUUACAACCACAGAAGCCAUAAAGGAGGUUGAGGCCUCCAUCACAUUGCCCAAAGAUGAGUCCCCUGAGCCAGACCUUCCCACCCCUCCACCCCCAGUCACAGAGGACUUUACAGACCUCACAGAGUACCAUCAGCAGACGGUGGUGGAGCACAUCACUCAAGAAAUACCAGCAAUGGCAACCUUCAAAUCUGAGAUGCCACUGGAGGUGACUUCCCAGGUAGUCACCUCCACAGUAACCUCCACAGUGUAUUCCACAGUGGUGGAGAAAGAGACCCAAAUCUCCCAGUCUGAGGCCUUCAUGCAACCCCCCUCCAUUAGAAUGGCAGGCAUCGUCUCACAGCUUGGACUUGAGCAAGAGGCCAGCGCUCUCUUUGGGGCUGAGUGUACUGCCCCUGUCAUUCCCUUGGAGUGUCCCAUCGCCCCCUUGGAGUGCCCUAUCGCUGCUCUAAAGAGUUCCCUACCCCAGGGUGACUGGGCCUUCCUCACAGAGGAACCUGAGGAGGAGGAGGAGGAG